CCAGGAACACUGCAGAUGUUGAGUGACUCCUCUUUGAAGCCAGCUGCCUCCUCCACAUCUGUCUGCGCGUGCUGGCUCCUCCUCAUCGUCCUCUUCCUCCUCCUUUCGGGGUAUAAAGUGGACCCCGGCGCCGCUGCGGGGUCUGCAGAGAGGAGCAGGAGAGAGGAGGAAGAGGAGAAGAUGAAGGCGUGUGUGCUGGUCCUGGCUUUGUCCCUGGUUCUGACCGUGUGCGUGGCCCGGUCUCCCUUCCAGACGGUUCUCCAGCACAGCCGGAUCCGGGGCCGGCAGCAGGGGCCGAACGUUUGUGCCAUGCAGCAGGUUAAAGACACAGGCAAGAAAUAUUUCACCAACUGCAAGCAGUGGUACCACCGGAAGAUCUGCGGCAAACCCACGGUGAUCGUAUAUGAGUGCUGUCCAGGUUACGAGAAGAUUUCUGGAGAGAAGGGCUGUCCUGCAGCGCUGCCUCUGGUCAACAUCUUCAACACUCUGAGCGUCGUGGGAGCCACUACCACUCAUAUGUACACGGAGCGAGCCUUACUGAGGGAGGAGAUCGAAGGUCCCGGGAGCUUCACGUUCUUUGCUCCCAGCAACCAGGCCUGGGCCGCCCUGCCAGCAGAGAUCCUGGACGCUCUGGUGAGUAACGUGAACAUCGAGCUGCUGAACGCUCUUCAUUACCACAUGGUGAACCGGAGGCUGACGUCUGAGGAGCUGAAGCACGGCUCCGUCAUCACCUCCAUGUACCAGGACUUAACCGUGCACAUCAACCACUACAAAAACGGGAUCAUCACAGUGAACUGUGCACGUCUUAUCAAACCUGAUCAGCACGCCACCAACGGGAUUGUGCACGUGAUCGACCGUGUCAUCACAGCCACCUCCAGUAAUCUGCAGACCUUGAUUGAAAUCGAGGAUGACCUGGAAACGUUAAGAACAGCCAUGGCUGCCGCAGGUUUCACCACCAUGCUGGAGGGUGAAGAUCAAUACACCAUUUUUGCCCCCACCAACGAAGCCUUCAGGAAGAUUCCUGAAGAAACCCUGAAAAGGAUCUUGGGAGAUCCAGUGGCCCUGAAAGACCUGCUGAACUACCACAUCCUGAAGCACAUACACUGUGCCGAGUCCAUCGUGUCAGGAACGCCGAUGGAGACUCUGCAGGGAACUGUUCUGGAGGUCGGCUGUGACGGAGAACAGAUGACCCUGAAUGGAAAGGCCAUCGUCAGCCAGAAGGACAAGCUGGGAACCAACGGAGUGAUCCACUACAUCAACGAGCUGCUGAUCCCAGACUCUGCUAAGACACUGCUGGAGUUGGCUGAAGGCUCAACCGUUUCCACGGCAACCAAGCUGUUUGUUGGCGCUGGUCUGUCGUCCCGUCUGACUGGUUCUGAGGCUCUGACCAUGCUGGCUCCUGUGAACGAGGCCUUCAGAGGAAGUCCAACAAUGACUCCUGACCUCCGGAAGCUGUUGACCAACCACAUCCUGAGGGAUCAGCUGUCCUCCAAGUCUCUGUACCACGGUCAGGAGCUGGAGACGCUGGGAGGCCUCAAGCUCAGAGUCUUUGUCUACAGAAAUAACCUGUGCAUUGAGAACAGCUGCAUCGCUGCACACGACAAAGUUGGACGCUUUGCCUCCAUGUUCACCGUUGACAAAGUUCUGGUUCCACCGAUGGGCACCAUCAUGGACGUUCUGAAGGCUGACAAUCGCUUUAGCCAGCUGGUUGGAGCAAUCCAGACGGCUGGAAUGACAGAACUCCUGAACCAGCAGGGGGUGCUCACCUUCUUUGCUCCUACAGACACUGCAUUCAGAGAGAUGCCCCAGGCGGAGCUGAACAGACUGCUGCGUAACUCUCAGCAGCUGUCGGCUGUGCUCCGGUUGCACAUGGUGGCCGGCAUGCUGGUCAGCGGGGGCAUCAGCUCUCACAUCCGAAUGCCGUCUCUGCAGGGAGAGAAGCUGGAGCUGAACAAGCGCAACUACACCGCCCACGUCAACAAGGUCCCUGUGGUCGAGGCGGACCUGAUGGCGACCAACGGGGUCGUUCACGCCGUCAACAGCAUCAUCAAGUCGCUGCCUCCAAAGGUGGACAGAGAGCAAGCAGACGGGCCGUCUACUCAGAUGAGAUCAGCCGCCUCCUUCAGGGUGGACUCCAGGAGCUUCCGGAACGAUGAUCUUUUUCAGAAGGUCCUGAAGAGCCAUUCCAGCCGGGCGAUGAAAAAUAGUCAGUAAGACGACGAGAAGCAGGACCGUGAGGACAUCUGAGGGGGCAGCCAUCUCUGGAUAUUUGAGGAGCUGUUGAGGUUCUGGGUGGGCUUCCUGUUCCUGUGUGACGAGGAGAAAAGCUGUUCUUAAGAGUUUUUUACAUUGUUACCAAACCAGUGUUUGUUCAAGUUCAUUCUUCCUGGGUGAACUUUUGUAAGGAGUAUUUUUCCUGGAGUCCUCCUGUCAAACAGACACUAUGAGGGAGAAGAACUUUCAGGAGCUUUCCUUUGAGUUUUUGUAAAAUAAAGCUGAAAUGCGACCUCGCCAUGA